CAGUUUCUCAGGAAAUGAGAGGGGGUACGAAUUUGGCACAACACCGGCUCUGUCUCUUCUCUGUCUGUGUAAUCGGCAGAUCUCGCGGUAUCACUAUAGUUUCCAACACGGAAGCAAUGUAGCAAUCCAAGGACACGUCUGUUGUGCUAGAGUUAGAAUGUAAUAGUGCUUCAGGUACCCGACAAAGCAGCAGCAUAACUCGGAGACAGGAGAAUUCAGGACUGCAGUCUGGUAUGAGAAAAUUACUUCCUACAGCUUUGGGAAUUGUUAGUGUUCUUCUCCCCACAGUUCAGAUGAUGCACAUUUUUGUUUAUGGGACUCUGAAAAAAGGCCAGCCCAACCACUACAAAAUGCUGGACGUUACUAAUGGUAAAGCUGAAUUCCUUUGCCAUGCUCGCACUGUUGAGAAAUACCCGCUUGUCAUAGCAGGCGAGUACAACAUCCCCUUCCUUCUCAAUGUUCCUGGGAAGGGCCAACGUAUCCAGGGAGAAAUCUACAGUGUGGAUGAUCAGAUGCUGAAGUUCUUAGACUGGUUUGAAAGCUGCCCACAAAUGUAUCAGCGCACAUGUAUCCUACUAGAGAUGGAACAUGGGGUUGGAGCGGGAACACCAAAAGUCAGGAGCACCACUGAGGCCUUUGUUUAUAGUACCACUACUUAUGAGAGUGAGUGGCUCCAGAAGCUAACUUUUGACAACUAUGAUGCAUAUGGGGAUCAUGGUCUGCGUUAUGUGACGCGUGAAGCCAGAAACUGAUGCAAAAUUUGCCAUGACUAGUUCAGGUUGAUGGUUCUCUGACUGAAUCCUUUAUACAUGCCAGGUAAUAUUAAAAUGAGUUAAAGUACAUAAAUGAAGUAACUGAGGAGAGGUACAGCACUGAAUUAAAAUCUCUCCUGUUGCCAGCUUUUAGUAGAAUGCUAAUGAAAAUGAAAGUUUGCUCUUUUGUCUGCAGCUUCUUGUAGUAUUUUUACGUGUUCACUCUAGUACCUCCAAAACCAUAAAAGUAGAUUUUGAUUCCAGACGCUGUUAUGGUACAUAUAGGCAAUCUCCAUCCAUCAAGUCUUCAUCCAGUGAACAUUCCAUGAAGCUGUGAAUUACAAUAACUUAAAACAAU